AGGUGCAUAGAAUGUGCAGUGUUAGGCCAGGAUUAUGGUUUAAACAUUAGGCCGACAUCCAAUCAAUGCCCGUCACGAGGACUAUAUAAAAUCUCGGUACAUUGAUCUUGCUAACCUCCAAAAUUGAGUUGGAUAAUCGAUAUUUGUUUGCGGUUCCUUACUAAACUCCUUCCCCUUGGAAGCUCAAAAGAUACGAAGUUCUAAGCCAAAAAAAAACUAGCUUUUCUUGGUAAAUCGUUGCAAAGACAAGCCUGGGGAAGGAUGCCUGUGUUGGCUCAGAAAUGAGUGUGAGUAUGCUACCUCUCUGGACUUGUAAUGUCUCCUCAUCCGUUUUUCGAUAUAGAGACACUUGCGACGAUAAACAAAUCAGGGCAUGCCAACCGUUUACACGAUGGCUCACCAAAGUUAUACUAGUUUCCUUUUCAACGUGAACGAGCUGCACGUCAAUCAGGAACCCGAUAACGGGGGAAUUCCGCCGAGAGCAAACGAGAAUGGUCGAUGGGUGCCGCCCAUUUACAGAGCUGGGUUUGCCUCUCAAACUUCCGGGCGAGUAUUCAGAUGGGCCGAUGGUUAUAUCACUGAUGCUGGAGGCAAUUAUCACUGGUUUGAUGGAGACGGAUGGAACUAUCCAAAUAAUGAAAUUCUUCACCAUUACAGAAGCACAAGCUUAUUUUGGUGCAAUGAAUUCACGCAGUUUCAAAUGAUGGAAGCGGACGCAACCACGAUUGAUAUUGCCACGUCAGAUUUUCCGAACAACAGAUGGUACCCGUUAACUUUUCAGCAUGAUGGGUCGCUUUCACGGGUGUCUGCUUCUUUGGAGGAACAAUACCUUGCUGGGAGAGAAGGAGCUUGGAUUGAUCAGCUAGGGCUUCAAGCGUACCGACAUCAUAGGAAUCGACCAACCAACGGACUCGCUGGGAAUCUUGCUACCAUCGUGGCCUUGCUUGCAUUCUCUUGCACCGACGACCAUAUGUUAUACAGUGCCCUGGUUAACUAUGCCACAUGGCGAAGGCAGUGGGGUAAUCAUGAUGCACAACAUGGACGUAAGAUAUCAGUCCAGGCCACAGCGAUGACCAAACUUCUGACAAGAAUAGGGCUUCACGAGAGAGGGGUUGUGGCCAAUAUCUACCUGGACCCAGAGAACCCCAACGGUUCCACUGAUGAUACACUCUAUCAUCUCGAAUGGGAAGAUGGUCCUAUUAUUUAUUGAAACCCGAUCCUUCGGGGCUACAUCUACCGAACACAAUUUGUUGAUAUCUCCUCACCUCGCUUCGAUUACUCGAAGAGUGUUCAGAUACUUGAAAAAAUCCUUGCGAUUGAUAUUCCUGGAAUUCAACUCUCCUGGCGAUCGACUGAGAGCUUACUUCCAAUCUGGAAAAUAUGAUAUGGUGCCCUCUGGUUGAUGAUUCUUCUCUUCAGCCAUGUACACUUUCCAGAGUGUUUGGAUGCAUGUCUUGCCGAUUCAUUUUCUUGAUUCUACCUUAUUUUGAACUUCAUAUUGAAACACUUGAGGAGUAAUCAAUAUCUGAUGUUGUACAACUUGGCUGGAGGAGCCAAAUUAUAAAUAUGUGAUGGUAAAUGAUUUGCAGCGAGUCUCUCACAUAGUUACACCAAUUGCUUGUGAUCGAAGUCGCGGAUAAUUCUGUCCACAAAUCUGUCUAUUUCAUAAUAUACUAAUAUGAACUGAAUAUC